CAGUGUUGCCGUAUUUUAUUGACAGACCGCUCGGUCCGGCCGCUGAGGUCAGCCUGAGCAAAAUGAGAAGGGAAGUGGUAGGAGGGAGACGGAGCCGGCGCCUGGCUCCUCCUCGUGGCCUCCCCUCCCCCGCCUCCUCUCCUGCUCCAGCAGUAGGUAGAGGCGCUGUGGCGAAGGCAGGCAGGCAGUUCAGGGCUCGAGCCGAAGCCGCACGCACACACACCCACCAGAGCAGGACCGCGUCCUUCAGCCGAUCCUUCAGCCGAUCCUUCCCUCACCGCAGCAGAACAACUUCCACAAGCCUUCCCUGUUUUUCCCCUCCGCAGUCUGCAGGAGGACUUUCUCACCGCUACGAGCCGCUGACAAUCACUCGCCAUGGAAACCCCAAGCCAGAAACGCCGCAGCGCCGUCUCCCCGACCCGCAUCACCCGGCUGCAGGAGAAGGAGGAGCUGUGCAACCUCAACGACCGGCUGGCGGUCUACAUCGACAAGGUGCGCUCCCUGGAGUCUGAGAACGCCUCGCUGCGGCUGCGCAUCUCCGAGUCGGAGUCAGAGGUCACACGCGACCUGUCCGGCAUCAAGACUGCGUACGAGACGGAGCUGGCCGACGCCCGCAAGACACUGGACAUGGUGGCCAAGGAGCGGGCGCGGCUGCAGCUGGAGCUGAGCAAGAUCCGGGAGGAGCACAAGGAGCUGAAAGCCAGGAACGCCAAGAAGGAGUCGGACCUGGAGGCGGCGCUGCUGCGGCUGCGGGACCUGGAGGCCAUGCUGAACUCCAAAGACGCCGCCUACACCACCGCCCUGGGCGAGAAGCGCAACCUGGAGACCGAGCUGAAGGAGCUGAAGGCUCAGCUGGCCAAGCUGGACGGCAGCUUUGCCGAUACGAAGAAGCAGCUGCAGGAUGAGAUGCUGCGGCGGGUGGAUGCAGAGAACCGCCUGCAGACCCUGAAGGAGGAGCUGGAGUUCCAGAAGAACAUCUACUCCGAGGAGCUGCGUGAGUCGAAGCGUCGACACGAGUCUCGCAUCGUGGAGAUCGACAGCGGCAGGCAGCAGGAGUUUGAGAGCAAGCUGGCCGCCGCGCUGACCGAGCUGAGGACGCAGCACGAGGACCAGGUCCGCCUCUACAAGGAGGAGCUGGAGAAGACCUACCACUCCAAGCUGGAAAACGCCCGCCAGUCAGCGGACAGACACAACCACUUGGUGGGCGAGGCUCACGAGGAGCUGCAGCAGACCCGGGUCCGUCUGGAGGGCAUGACGGUCCAGCUGACCCAGCUGCAGAAACAGCUGGCGGCCAGCGAGGCCAGAGUCCGGGAGCUGGAGGAGUCCAUGGCACGGGAGCGCGACAUGAUGCGGCGCCGCAUGGAGGACAAGGACCGCGACAUGGCCGAGAUCCGGACCCGAAUGCAGCAGCAGCUGGACGAGUACCAGGAGCUGCUGGACAUCAAGCUAGCCCUGGAUAUGGAGAUCAGUGCGUACAGGAAGCUGCUGGAGGGAGAGGAGGAGAGGCUCCGCCUCUCUCCCGGCUCCUCCUCCUCUAAGGUCACAGUGACCCGGUCCUCGGGGUCGGGCCACGCAGGUCGCCUGCUCCUCUCCUCUGCUGCGGCAGCUGCCGCCUCCAGCAGCCGCACUUCGUCCAGCGCCAGCAAGAAGCGCCGCCUGAAUGACAACGACAGCGAGACGUCCAGCGUGGUGGGCGGCACCGUCACCAAGACCCGCAUCAGCCAGCAGGCCUCCGCCACCGGACGCAUCACCGUGGACGAGGUGGACCUGGAGGGCAAGUUCAUCCGUCUGAGCAACAAGGCGGACGAGGAUCAAUCGCUGGGAAACUGGCAGCUGAAGAGGCAAGUCGGCAGCGACCCGAUCGUCUACAAGUUCCCCAGCAAGUUCACCAUGAAGGCCGGAUCCACCGUGACGGUCUGGGCGGCUUCUGGUGGUGGAACCCACAACCCGCCCACUGAUCUGGUGUGGAAGAACCAGGCGUCCUGGGGCAGCGGUGACCUCCUGCAGACCAUGCUCAUCAGCGCCGCCGGAGAGGAAAUGGCCUCCAGGAAAGUGACGCGCACCCUGUUCCAGGAUGAAGAUGAUGAUGACAUGGGAGCCCACAGCACCAGCGGCGCAGAGAACGAGUACAACCUGCGUAGCCGCACGGUCAUCUGCGACUCGUGUGGCCAGACGUCGGAUCGCUCCGGCGGGUUGGACGGCCUCAUAGCAUCCUCCUUCAUGGGAACCAACGACCCCAGACAGGGUGGCAUGAAGCCGGAGAACUGCUCCAUCAUGUAGAAACCAAAGAGCACCUCAUCCAAACGCACCACAGAGCAGGAUCCUUUUGUACCAUCAGGAUCCAUUUUUAUUUUUUUAUAUGAUAAUUUGUUUCUGUUUUGUAUCCAGAUUAAUGUGCAGGUUGGAUCUGCUUCAUGGUUUUGGGCUUUGGGCUCAGGAUGUCUACAUUUCCUCAUGUUGAAUUCAUUUUUCCUGCAUGUCUUGUUUUGGCCUGCGCUCUGUCUGCACACUCCGCUCCGGUCCGGUCCAGUCCGGGCUUUCGCUGCCGCCGCUGAACGCACACAGCUGGCGAACAAACCCAGAGCUUUAAUAAUCAUGCUGAUUGAAGACUUCUGUUUACACUUUGUUUGCUGGAACGGCAUCGUUUCCAUGUGUAUAUGCAAUCCUCCAAAGAAAAGACUGUUGGCUCAGGUUUUUAAACAAGCAUCUUGUAUAUUUGCUUUAGGCCACGUAGUCAUGCAGCGGUGGUGCGUAGAAUUUAUCAAAUUAAACUUGCUUGCACAGAUAAAAUUCAGCUUCUACUUUAGAACAUCUACAGAACAUGGCUUGGUUUGCAGAAAAAGUUUAACUCUGAUGUUUUGCUUUAUUUUCCUCUUUCUAAGCACAGCGUGGUUCAGCUGGUCCACAAGCGCUGAUCAGGCAGUAGCAGGAGCAUCUGACAGUCCAGACAGGGAGAGAAGGUCAGAAAAUGGAGGAAACCCUGCAG